GUGGGGGAAUUCUGGCCUCGAGUUUUGUUUUAGGAUUCAAUUUGAAAUGGAGAGGCUGACAUCACGUUCUGGUUUCACAGUGGACAGGAUUUAAAAAGCAGGGCUAAGAGUCGAUCGCAGCAAAGGAGGAGAAAGGUCAAAGACAUCAGCAUCACCAUCCUCAUCGUCAUCUUUUCAACCGAGAGCAUCAUGAAGACUCUUUGCUUCACUCUGGGGCUGGUGCUGCUCACCGUCUGCUGCUGCAAUGCCAUACCUGUAGCAGUGAAUGACAUCAAACCUAUACGCUGCUGCUACAGAUUUUCUGAACGCGAUUUACCAUUAAAGCUUGUGUCUGACAUAACCAAGACCCGCAGAUCCUGUGCGAGGCCGGCAUUCAUAGUCCACACUGUCAGAGGAAAACAAAUCUGCUACAGUGAGACUUUCCCGUGGGCUGUGAACGUCUACAAACAGCUCCAUGAAGCUCAAGGCAGCGGUCAGCAGCACUGAGAACAAGUUGUUCUGUAAUACUUUAUUAUACAAGUGUUUGCAGGCUUGAAAGCAUAAGUACUACAUCUUUGUAUUUAAAUAAAAUGUU